AGGAGCGCAGCUGACUGCGCUGCAUCCCCCCAUCGCUAUUACGACAGAGGGGUAGCCCGAUUCCUCUCCGCUCUUCUCCAUUCUGAGGUGUAUGUCAUGCUACCGGAAUUUCUUCAUUUAUCAGCUGUUUACAUCCAUGUGACAAACGCGCCGGGAGUAUUUUAGGGGUAGGAUAUCCCCAUCGGUGGUGACAUUACAGCAGAUGGAGAAAGCUCUCCAUCGUCCUCUUUAACUACUGUCAGCCACAUCAAGAUUGAGCCAUUCAGUGCCAUGGACCUGUAGGAGCAGUAAUGGCAACUUACAGUACCCCUCGCUCUGAUUGGAUAGACUUGUAGCAUGCGUUCCCUACGUAAAACUGUGCUGUUAGCUCUGGUAGCAUCAGUGGUGCUGGUAUUGGCAGUGCUACAUUCCUGGCCCACUCGGGUCUACAGCACUGUGGAUGUCCGGUACAGGCCAGGCCCUGGAGCUGAACGGCUGCUGGAGGAGAGACUUCCUGAUCCGGAUCCCAGCGCUAGCACCAUCCCGUACCGUGUGAGAGAGGGUGUGGCCAGGCUCCUGGCUCGUAACGGGUGUGUGUGUGAAGGAGAGAGCAAGGGGGUCAACUUGCCCUUUGCACAACUAUUGUUCCCUAGAGUGUCUGCCCACCCCCUGCACAUUGCCUUCCAGCCCUCCCAGCUCCAUGAGAUGAAGAGACGGCGUGCCAAAGAGUACCAGAGCUUCCAAAUGAGGUCACAGACCCCGGCUGAUCUGCUGAUUGUAGCUGAAGCUAACAGCCCCCUGCAGUACCCAACACAGGGUGUGGAGGUUCGGCCACUUAAAACCAUCCUUAUACCAGGUUUGGCCUUAAAAGAUCUGCCCAGAGAUGUCUACAGUGUGAACUUCUCAGCAUCUUUGGGCACAUUUAAUGUGGCAGCUGAGGUGGAGGGGGUAAAAGUCAGGGGUGAUGGUGAGAUGCACAUGACCCUGAGCAGCAGCUUUUUGCCAAGUCUAAACCGACAGCUCCAGUUUAUCACCUACACCAACACUCUGUUCCACCCCAGCACUGCUGACACAGUGCAGUUAGAAACAGAAGGACAUCAGGCCCUUUUCACCAUCAAGAUCCGGCAUGGAGUGACACCCAAACUCUACAAUACAGGCUCUGUUACAGAUCAAGAGUACAACAUCAGUGCUCUCGUGACCAUAGCAACCAAAACUUUCCUGCGGUAUGACAAGCUCCAGGAUUUAAUUGACAGCAUUCGACGGUACUACCCAACAGUUACAAUAGUCAUAGCAGAUGACAGUGAGCAUCCUAAAACGGUGUCUGGUCCGUAUAUUGAACAUUACAUUAUGCCCUUUGGAAAGGGCUGGUUUGCUGGUCGUAACCUGGCCGUGUCACAGGUGACCACCAAGUAUGUACUGUGGGUGGAUGAUGACUUUAUAUUCACUGCCAACACAAAGCUGGAGAAGCUGGUGGACGUGCUGGAAAAAACCACACUUGACCUGGUCGGAGGAGCAGUACGUGAAGCUACAGGCUACACUGCCACCUACAGGCAGACGAUAUCAAUUGAAGCCGGAGAUGAAGACGGGGACUGUCUACACAUGCGACGUGGCUUUCACCACAUCAUUCAGGGUUUUCCUCAUUGCGUUGUCACAGAUGGAGUCAUUAAUUUCUUUUUAGCUAGAACAGACAAGGUGCAGCAGGUUGGCUUUGACCCCCGGCUGGCACGUGUUGCACAUCUAGAGUUUUUUAUAGAUGGUCUGGGCUCCCUGCAUGUUGGGUCAUGUGAUGAUGUCAUCGUGAACCACGCCACCAAGAUCAAACUCCCGUGGGGCCAGUCAGAAAGCGAUAAAACGUAUGCGAAGUUCCGUUACCCUCCUGCUUCAUCUGAUGCGACACACACCAAAAAUGGCCUCUUGUACUUCAAAAACCGCUUCCAGUGUUUAACACACAACUGAACACACCUUGGACUCUCUCCAUUUUCUUUUACUCUUAUUCUCCGUCAAACAGACUUUCUCUCCCUGAGUAGCUAAAGGGGCGUGUGAAGACUCACGGACUGUGGUACAGUACAUACCACACAUGGUCCCAUGUAUGUAUGGAAGAGUUCAAAUUGACCUCUUCUUUUGGAAGGGAUCCUCACGUGAUCAAUCUCGACUGACGUGAUGACUUGCGCAGUGAUUGGCUGAUUAAUUUUUUUUUGAUUUUUUGAAUAUUUUUUGAACUGAGGAAGUGAUGUCAUAUUUUGUGUCUUCUUUCUUUAGCGUUAUUUUUGUUGAGAAGAAUCUUUAGAUACAAAUCAAACCCUUACGUAAAUUAUGCAUAUCAGUUUUCUCCUGAGCCAAUCAUAUUUAAGUAUCACAUUUAACUGACAGGUAUACGGAAGAACUUUUCCUUUGGUACCGAAGAAUCAAGAAGACUGCAGAGGUGCAAUUUUUAAAUCCGGUUAAAGGGACACUCCUUCCCAUUGGACAUUCGCCUGAAAUGUCACUUCAGCUCCCUGCCUGGCAUUAAUUGUGUGUGUCUGUGCGUGUUGUAUUGCGGGUCAUCUCUCUGUACGUUUGCACUAAAACAAAUGGAUUUCACAUUGGAGAGGCCAGACCCUUAGCAUCACUAAAAGAAGGAAUUUACAAAAUAUCACUAACAAGCUUAAACCACAGAAAAUCCACCAUCACUCCCUCACUUUUUGUCUCUCAUCCUUCCUCUUUCACAUACUCACUCCAAAAUAUUUCUCAGCAAGAGAUGGUGGGGUCAUUGUGUUUUGUUAAACAAUUUAAUUAUUUAUUUCAAGAGUGACUGUGCCAAAAGCUUAUAAUUACUGUCCUAGUUUGACUCAUUUAAUGUUUUGUAUGUAUGUUUUUCUUUCCUAAUUUCUGGGGUCCGUACAACCCACAGCAAAAAAGCAUGCAGCCUCAUUUUAAUAGCAGUACAGUUGUCAGCAGUUGUUUGUCCACUGAGUAUAGUCCAUUUUAACUUAAAGGGAAUUAUGUGUUUUGUCCAAAGCUAGUUUUGUAAAAGGAAAAAGGUCCAGUCAGUGGAUUUUGUUGUGCAGAAUGCCCUUACUUAAACCAAAAUCAACAUUAGUACUCUCUGGGACUAACACAGUUGUGCAACCAUGAAAGAAAUUACAGCCAAAUAAAAAAUAAACUGUAAUUUUGAUGAUUCAACAGUACCAGUCAAAAGUUUAGACACUUAAGACAUUUUGUUGUACAUUCAUUCUGUUUUUGUUAUACAUUCAUUCUGUAUACAUACAUUACUCUUUUUAAAGUUACAGUAAAGUCGUGUAAUGUUCAGUCAACUUCUGAAUACUGGGCACUUGUUUGCUUGUUUUUUCUCUUGCUGGUCAAGCUCAUUAAAACAAUACUUAAAAUAAUUAUUUUGUAAAGAAAUGUAUACAUACAGUAUGUUCAAUAUAUAAUUGUUUACACAACUAAGCCAUUUAAGCAUCAGUCUUUAAAAGGUCUUUCUACGAUCAAAAUUCAACUGGUACUGCAUAUGAUAUAGCUGUUAUCAAGAUUUUUAGAAAAUAAUAAUUAAAAAAUAUCUGUAUAGACCAAAAGCACCUGCCAUUUGAACAGUAAAAGCAUGUCACAUCCAGGUUUGAUCACUAUCUGUUCCAAUUUACUGUAUUCUUUUGCAUACUUUUAUUUGUAUCAUGUUUUGUUUGCAUAUUGCUUUUGUGUCUGCGUGCGUGCAUGCAAAAGAGAGAGAGAUGAGCAGAUGUUUUUCAGCUAGCCUAUAUAAAGUAGGCUUUACAUCGUCUCUCUCAAAUAGCAGAAGGCCCAAAGGACUGUUUGCUGCAUUACGCAUAUGACAUGCAUAUUCUUUGAAUAAUGUUGAACAUUAUUUCCUAUUAUUGUUAAAGAUUUUCCCUGUCUGUUUGUGUGCGUGUGUGCAUGGUCAUCCUCUUCACCUUUUCAGUUAUAUCUGGUCUAAAAUGGUGCCAUACAGAAGUAGAUAAUUGCAUGGCUGUCCAAGAAGCCUUAAAAGUGAAGAAAAUAAAAUAAGAGUGGAAAAAUGUGUUUAAUGAGUA